UAGAUAUUUCCUUCUCUGUUGAAAAUUAAGAUACAAGAACAAAGAGUUGUAGUCCCUACACAAGGGUUCAGCAAAGAGACAUUAAUUCCGAGAGGAAGACGAGACAUCUGAAACUCAGAUAAUUAACCUCCUCCUGGCUCCUUCUUCUCCUUCACCUCCUCCCCACCUUUAAAAGAAGAAGAAAACAGAGAAAAGUAGAGAGGAAGGAAAACCUCAAACUCCAAUCACACCCACUUGAUUGUGAUUGUGACACCUCGCUCUAUCUCUAUCUCUAUCUCUAUCUCUAUCUCCAUCUUCUGCUUAGCUACACUUCCUCUCUCAACUAGCCUCUUCCCCAGUCUUCUCACUCUCUGCUCCAUUUUCUCUUCACCUCCAUCCACAGGCCACACACACACACACACUCAACUUUAUUAAUUUCUUGUGUGCAUUGCUCCCAUGGGAAGGCACUCCUGCUGUUAUAAACAGAAGCUGAGAAAAGGACUCUGGUCUCCAGAGGAGGAUGAGAAGCUCUUGAGGCAUAUCACUAAAUAUGGCCAUGGCUGCUGGAGCUCAGUCCCCAAGCAAGCAGGUCUUCAGAGAUGCGGAAAGAGCUGCAGGUUGAGGUGGAUAAACUAUCUGAGACCUGAUCUCAAGAGAGGUACAUUCUCACAGCAGGAGGAGGAUCUCAUCAUCGAACUCCAUGCAGUCUUAGGCAACAGGUGGUCUCAGAUUGCGGCACAGUUGCCAGGAAGGACAGACAAUGAGAUCAAGAACCUGUGGAACUCUUGCAUAAAGAAGAAGCUGAGGCAGAGAGGCAUUGACCCCAACACCCACAAGCCCCUCACUGAGACCAAUGAGCCUGGAGAAGAUAUUAAGGCAGCUCCGCCCAACAGCAGUGACAACAAGUCCAGCUCCAAGCAACUACAACUCCUUGUCUCCACCGAGCCAGCUCCUCCGCCACCACCAUUUAUGCACUUGGAGGAUGGGUACCACCAAGCUGAGUGCUCAACCUCUAAUAAGAAUUCAAUCACAACUACUAAAGAACUUUUUCAGCUGGUCACCUGUCAUGAGAGCUCAUCCAACUCAAUGAGCUAUGUCCAUCUUCCACAGUUGACAGCAUCGAAUCCUCUCCUCUGGUUCAGUCAGAACCCGGAGCUCAACUGCAGCAACAGCACAGCAAUUCCAUCAGCUUCAACAAGCUCAAUGAUGCUUCCAGUCCCCACCUCCUCUAUGGGUCUGAUCACUCCACAGUGUAUUCCCAGUUAUUGGGAAGCUGGUCAACCCAGCAGCAACAGCAGCGGAAGCACCAUAAACAGUGCUGCUAAUGGAAUUGAGUUGCAGAGAGGUGCUGCUUCCUUCUUUGACAACGCUAUUUUUCAAUGGUCAGACCUGACGCAUUCUUCUAAAGAAGCUCAAAUCCAACAACCGGAAAGCGAGCCAGAGGACCUCAAAUGGUCCGAGUACCUCCAGGGCACGUUCUCAAUGUCAGCCGCCAUCCAUGGCCAAAACCAAAACCAAAACCAAAGCCAAAGCCAUAGCCAUAGCCAACCUUUGUACAGUGACAUGAAAACAGAGAACCAAUUUGAAAAUAUGGAUGAGUUGAAUUCUUGGCACCAGAACCAGCAUCAGCAGCCGCUGCAGCCUCCAGACAUGUACGAAAAGGAUUUCCAGAGAAUGAAUAUCCACAGCUUUUGAACAUGAUUUUAACCAGUUCAUUGAGGCAAGAGAGGAGGACAUAUAUAAACCGUAUACUACAGGGGCAAGUUGAAAUCUUUUUUCUUUUUUCUUUUUUUAAACUGAAUUUUGAUUGUGGAUAUUUAAGGCUGCAUCCGAGCUGUGUGAUAUGCCAUGGAUUAUCAUCCUGUAAAUAGGCUUGCGAAAAAAAAAAAGAUUAAACAAAACAAGUCGUCCCUUGUUCAUCUCUGAAAUACUUUGUUGUGCAGUGUGACCAAGCUCAGCCUCAGCCCACCUUAGCUCCUCUCAAGAGUGAAGAGGGUGGGGUAAGUGCAGAAUAAAGUUUGUUUGCAAUGUUUUUUGCAUUUUGUUUUCUA